AAGAGAACAAUUUUGAGAGUCACUUCUCUCCUUUCACAGUGUAGAUUUCCAGGAAUUGAACUCAGGUUGUUAGGUUUAGCAGAAAGCACUCCUAUCAGCAAAGCCAUCUCACCUGUCCUGGAAUUGCUUUUUGUGCAAAGAACAUGGAACACUUUGGUACUUCGGACUAGAAAAGCUAUUGAAUGAUAUAAGCAUAGCUUAAUGGACCAUUGUUGUGCUUGGAAAAAAAGAAUACUGAGAAAAAUGGAGAGUGGAGGCCCAGCUCAAAGGUUUCAGAUAGGAACAAGAACUCUAAUAGGAACUAGGAUAAUGACCAUUCAUGUGGAUAAUCAUCUGCUCAUGUCUUGAGAUCACAAGUGAAGUUGAAUUUGAAGGUAAAUGACAGAUUUAUUCAGCAGAGGAAAUUUCAAAGCAACCUGAUAUUCAAGCUGGCACUAAAGAAGCAGUUGUAACAGAGAGAUCAGUACCAUGUGGAGAAGUUUCCUGCUCUGCACUGGGACAACAGGAAGUGUUCCUCGGAUCAACACACAAAAGAUGGCUGACUCUGAUCCUGGGGAAAGAAACUAUGAUAACAUGCUGAAAAUGCUGUCCGACCUGAAUAAGGACCUGGAAAAGCUAUUGGAAGAGAUGGAAAAAAUCUCAGUGCAGGCAACCUGGAUGGCCUACGAUAUGGUGGUCAUGCGUACCAACCCCACACUAGCAGAGUCCAUGCGCCGGCUGGAGGAUGCCUUCCUCAACUGCAAAGAGGAGAUGGAGAAGAACUGGCAAGAGCUACUCACCGAGACUAAACGCAAGCAGUAAGCCACCAUCUGUCACCAGCCUGAAUGCAGAAGCCAGGGGCAUGGGUUCAGAGGCCCAGGUGUGUAGCUGUGUGCACGGCACUCGUUUCUCAAUAAACUUAUUUUCA